CCUUGGUGUUUGGAGCUAUUGUUUGACGGACAUUGGUGAAAGACGCUCGUUCGCAAAGACGGGCGUGGCUGGCACGGAUGCCCUUCGUGCGAGACCAUUCGACUCGUGAGCUGCUUCAGCAUGAUGCUCACAAGACGCGGGUGGACCGAGCUAGAGGAAGCGGGGGCGGCGUAGAAGAAGGCGACGAAGAGGCGCAAGAUCGGCCUGGAGGCCACAUCCCAGUGGCAGGGCAACCUAUGCCCCAGACGCAGAGGAAGCUGCCUCCCACGGACGUGGUGAUGGUUUUUCCCUACAAGACAUCCUCGACGCUCCGUUGGGGAGAUGAUGCUGCAGAGGAGGAAGCGCGCGGCCUGCGACAACCUACAGAGGAGCAAAUCCGCAAGAUGGAGACUUGGAAGGCCAAGAGAAACACGGUCAUCCAUUCCCUCAGCGAUGCUGGGCUGGUUCUGAUGCUGUACUAUUCGCGAGAUCGUGAUGAGAUCUUUGUUCGCAUUGCAGCGGAUCCCAACCACCUUCGGCAGGUGGCGGAAAUGAUUCGGUACCAGCUGGAGUUGAAGCCGCAGUACCUCUCGGCCUUUGCAGACUACAAGAACGACUACCCAGGUCGGCGCGACUUGAACUACAGUGACCGCUGCAUAGUUUCCCACCUCUACGAGACGCAUUUUGACAAGGAGAAAGAGGGCGAUUACCCUCAGAAAGAUGCAAUUUUCCGGACUGUGGACCGCCUUCGGCUCAUCGACCACAUUGUACACAGUGGUGACCACAACUGUGCUGGUGUUGAUGUGGGUCAGCUCCUUCAUGAUGGCGAUCUCAUCCACUACUUCCCGAUUCAUGAGCAGGGACAGCUCGAGGACAUGGACAGAGAUUGGUUCAAAACCUUUGUUACGGGCCGCAACAUUGACAAGGUCAGAAACUACUUCGGAGAGCGAAUUGCUUUGUACUUCCUCUUCAUGUCUCACUUCAUCAAGUGGAUGAUCAUCCCAACUCUGCUUGGGACCUUCUUGUGCGUCGUGGACUUGUUCUACGGCACCUCCAACAACUUCACGGCUGUGUUCAUUUGCGUAGGUGUGGGGCUCUUCACGACGAGCUUCGUCCACUUCUGGCGCAGGAAAUCAAAUCUAUAUGCUCUGAAGUGGGGCACCUUCUCAAUGAAGAAGAGGCCAGAGCCCACCCGCCCGGAGUUCUAUGGCGUCAGCCGGAUCAAUCCAGUGACAAGCCGUGUGGAUAGGUACUAUCCCUGGAGUGAGCGCAUUUGGACGGUUAUGUUCAGCUAUUCUGUCAUCCUUGUUUCACUGAUCGCCCUGCUUUUCAUGGUUGGCGUCCUCAUGGUCCUUCGCCAUGCAUUCCACAAGCACGGAGGUCGCAUUACGUUCCAGGUCAUCAAUGCCUUGGUUGUCGAGCUCUUGAACACUCUCUUCACCAGCCUUGCAACAUGGUUGACGGAGCGAGAGAACCAUCGAUCGUACAGUGAGCAUGCAAAUCAUCUUUUGGCCAAGAUGGUGGUUUUCAAGUUCAUCAACUGCUACGUGUCCCUCUACUACAUUGCCUUCUUGAAGGAGCACUCCUACUUGUUUGGUAUGCCCAUGAAUUGCGUCAACGAUGACUGUCUCAAUGACUUGGGCUCUCAGCUGGCGAUCUUCAUGAUCAUGAGGCUGACCGUGCAGAACAUGAUUGAGCUUGGCGGACCGUACGUCAUGAUGAUGUACCGGCGCUGGACCGAAGAUGUUGCAUUCCUCGACUCUUCGCUAUUCACGAACCCGAUGACCAUCAUGCCGGACCUUUCCAGCCCUGAGAAGCAGAGCAAGAAAGAGGACUAUGACGUGUACCAAGACAUGGAUGAGGUGUUGAUCCUCUACGGCUACACAGUCCUUUUCGUUGUCGCUUGCCCCUGGAUCCCGCUGAUUGCCAUCAUCAGCUUGGUGCUUGAGUGCUUCUUGGACCAGAAGAAGCUGGUGCUCCUCUACCGCAGGCCAUUUCCCUCGGCGGCUGGAAACAACGAGCCUUGGGACACUGCCUUCGAUGUCUUUGGCAUGCUCGCAAUGGCAACCAACACGGCGGUCAUUGUGUUUUCAUCGAAUGUCUUUGAGACCUGGAGCCACUACCACAAGAUCAUGCUGUUCAUGGUAGUGGAGCACGCCAUGAUCGGCUUCAGGAUACUGAUCUCGACGCUCUUCCCGGCAGUUCCGUGGGAGGUGCGACUGCUUAGCAUGCAGCAGCAGGUCAUUGUCCACAGGCACCUCAAUCUGGGCGGGGAAGAGGACGACCAUGAGACCCGAGCCAGCGCAAUGAUGGCAACAGCACAGCCUCCUCCAAUGGUGCAUGAUGGAGACGAGGAGGAGUACUGGUGAUGGAGCACUUUUUGCAACAAGCCCCAGACGCGGACGCGAAAGUGACGCGAAAUCGGCUCUCGGCUGCCUCUGGGCUUUUGGGAUUUCUCACCCCUGCAUGGCACGUAAGGCGUGCCAUGCAGGACGCGCUCACUGCAACGGUGUCAGCGUGUUGCAUGAAGGUGGCUGACAACAGCCCAAAUUCGGUGUCAAGGAGCAAGGAGUUGCCA